CAUUUGUUGUUGACGUAUAUCACAUAAAACGGACCGGUUUCCUUUACCCACAAUCCUCCGCGUUAGAUCCGUCCUUCCGACUUCCGCCUCAUCUGCGAGCCGAUAUGGCCCCAACUAAGAAAGGAGAGAAAAAGAAAGGGCGUUCAGCCAUCAAUGAGGUGGUGACCAGAGAGUACACCAUCAACGUCCACAAGCGCAUCCAUGGAGUGGGUUUCAAGAAAAGGGCUCCCCGCGCCAUCAAGGAGAUCCGCAAAUUCGCCAUGAAGGAGAUGGGAACUCCUGAUGUCCGCAUCGACACUCGCCUGAACAAGGCCGUGUGGAGCAAGGGUGUGAGGAACGUGCCGUACAGGAUACGCGUACGCCUGUCCAGGAAGCGUAAUGAGGAUGAGGACUCCCCCAACAAACUGUACACCCUGGUCACAUACGUUCCAGUCACCACAUGCAAAGGUCUUCAGACAGUCAAUGUUGAUGAAAACUAAAAAUGUCCCCUCUACGAGUGGAAUAAAUAAAACAAAAGGA